ACACAUAGGGUAUCUGAACAUUUUAGCACGAUAACACAUUGCAACGCCUCCUUGAAAAUUCAAAACCAGCCAUAACACAAAAGAAAGGGAGUAUACCAUGUUAUCUUGUCGCGGGAUUCCGCGGCUUUCUACGGCAUACGCGCGCUAUGGGCGAACCUUCACUCCUUCAUUUUCGUCCUCCGCGCUAACGCUUUCACGGCGGCAGUAUGUUGGACAGGUCUUUCUUUCCAACUUCUCCACCCAUGCCGCAUCGCUCUCGGCCUGCACGUCGCUCUCGACGAUGCUCUACAGUCCACUCGGAACGGCCAUGUUGGUACUGCUCGCCUACAACGUGGUGGUUGUAGGGGGAAAGCAUAGCUACUACCUGAUCGAUCUAACUGCAAAGGAUUACGUGCAGGAUCCGCAGCUCUACGUGGUUAUACGCUACGGUGUCCUCAUUUGUGUUCUGCUCGGGAUGGAGGUACUUUUUGUGGAAGUUUAGUACCUUUUAGUAUGUGUAUUUUUCCGUUUUCAGGAAGGGAUAGAGGUAAAGUAAAAAAAACAAAAAGGAAUUUAAAUUUGUAUGGGAAGGGGUAUAUAUAUAGAUACAUAUUUAUAGCAUAUUUUAUCGUCUUCUUUUGGUGUUCCAUAUCUUAAGGUAUUAAGCAGAAAAAGUCAGAAUUGUCAUUUAUGUUCUGUUGUAACGAUAAAGCGAAGUCUAGUAGGAGCAUCAAAACAGUAAAACUUAUUUGCCUUUAUCUGUUAGUAUUUUUUUAAUUUGCUUAGACGACUUAUUUUUAUGUAGCAUCAAAACGUUCUAGUAUUUCUAAAAAAAAUACUGAAUUGGUCAUGUUAUUCUUACCAAUUUUCGUGUAGUA